AUGAUGCCGUUUCCGGUGACAACCCAGGGAACACCGCAGCCGGCGAAGCGCUACGGCAUCUCCUCGCCGAUCAGCUUAGCGGUCCCCAAGGAGACGGACUGCCUCCUCACCCAGAGGCUAAUAGAAACCCUCAGGCCCUUCGGGGUCUUCGAAGAGGAAGAGGAACUGCAGCGCAGGAUUUUAGUUUUGGAAAAAUUAAAUAAUCUGGUAAAGGAAUGGAUACGCGAAAUCAGUGAAAGCAAGAGUCUUCCGCAAUCUAUACUUGAAAACGUUGGAGGGAAGAUUUUUACAUUUGGCUCUUACAGAUUAGGAGUCCAUACGAAAGGCGCAGAUAUUGACGCCUUGUGCAUUGCACCAAGGCAUGUGGAUCGAAGUGACUUUUUCACCUCCUUCUAUGCUAAGCUGAAACUACAGGAGGAAGUAAAAGAUUUAAGGGCUGUCGAGGAGGCUUUUGUGCCAGUUAUCAAACUGUGUUUUGAUGGGAUAGAGAUUGAUAUUUUGUUUGCAAGAUUAGCACUACAGACUAUUCCAGAAGACUUGGACCUAAGAGAUGACAGUCUACUUAAAAAUUUAGAUAUUAGAUGCAUAAGAAGCCUCAACGGUUGCCGGGUAACCGAUGAAAUUUUACAUCUAGUGCCAAACAUUGACAACUUCAGGUUGACUCUAAGAGCCAUCAAAUUGUGGGCCAAAUGCCACAAUAUCUAUUCCAAUAUACUAGGUUUCCUCGGAGGUGUUUCCUGGGCCAUGCUAGUAGCAAGAACUUGUCAGCUUUAUCCAAAUGCAGUAGCAUCAACUCUUGUACGGAAAUUCUUCUUGGUAUUUUCUGAAUGGGAAUGGCCAAAUCCAGUGUUACUGAAAGAGCCUGAAGAACGGAAUCUUAAUUUGCCUGUAUGGGACCCAAGAGUAAAUCCCAGUGAUAGGUACCAUCUUAUGCCUAUCAUCACACCAGCAUACCCACAGCAGAACUCCACAUACAACGUGUCUGUUUCAACCAGGAUGGUCAUGAUUGAGGAGUUUAAACAGGGACUUGCUAUCACACACGAAAUUUUGCUGAGUAAGGCAGAGUGGUCCAAACUCUUUGAAGCUCCAAGCUUCUUUCAAAAGUACAAGCAUUAUAUUGUACUUCUGGCAAGUGCACCAACAGAAAAACAACAUUUAGAAUGGGUGGGCUUGGUGGAAUCAAAGAUCCGGAUCCUGGUUGGGAGCUUGGAGAAGAAUGAGUUUAUCACACUGGCACAUGUGAAUCCACAGUCAUUUCCAGCACCCAAAGAAAAUCCUGAUAAGGAAGAAUUUCGUACAAUGUGGGUGAUUGGGUUAGUGCUAAAGAAGCCAGAAAACUCUGAAAUUCUCAGUAUUGAUCUCACCUAUGAUAUCCAGUCUUUCACAGAUACUGUUUAUAGACAAGCAAUGAAUAGUAAGAUGUUUGAGACGGGUAUGAAAAUUGCUGCAAUGCAUUUAAGAAGAAAGGAACUUCAUCAGCUGCUGCCUCAUCAUGUGCUUCAGGAAAAGAAAGCACACUCAACAGAAGGUAGAAGAUUGACAGAUUUGAAUGACAGCAGCUUUGACUUGUCUGCAGGUGGUGAAAACAGCAUUUCUGUGCCUUCAUCUACUAGCACUAUGAAGACAGGCCCAUUGACUAGCAGUUCUCAGGGUAGAAACAGUCCUUCCUUGGCUGUAAUGACAGCAUCUGUGGCGAACAUACAGGCUACUGAAAUUUCCUUGCAACAGGUGAAUACCAGCGAAAGUUCAGGGACUGCAUUAAACGAAAGUAUUCCUCACGCUGUCUCUCAGCCUGCCAUUGCUCCAUCACCAAAGCCCAUGGUCACCUAG